UUCAUAUAUCUCCGACAUGGCCAGAGACUGAGGCGCGGAGAGUACUGGCAGCCGAGCCGGCAAGCCACCUCUUUCUUUUUCAUUACCUUAGACUCCAGGAUGAUCGACUUUGCCUGGUGAAAUUGUACAGCCUUUUCCUGGAGAAACUCCUAUAGUUAUUCCAGUAGGUGCUCAAGUGGUCGCCUGAGUGUAAAGCAAGAGGGCCAGGUUUCAGGGUAUUAGAGAGUGAGGUGAAGGGCCAGCAAGCUUCAGCAGGAGCCCUGCCCUGAAGGAGCAUGAGACACAAAGGUACCCUAAUGGGGCUCACCUGCCCUUGUGUGGGAAGAAGACAAACUGAAAAAUAGGCCAUUGGAGACCGUUGGGGUACAUUUAGGCAAGGUUAAGGUCCCCCUCCCCACCAUCCCAACCUGACUCAACCCCUCAGCCACAAGACCCAGAACUGUGAGGGCCUCCUGCCAUACCAGAAAGAUCCAACUUCAACUAGAAACAUCCCACCCUGGGCAUUGGCAGAAAAGCAUAGUGGUUACUCAUUGCCUAACUCAAUUCAGGUCCGCCAGAUUCUGGUAACUUUUGGGUGACCCUGAUGAAGACAAAGCCAGGACAGGUCUUUGUAUGUCAGAGUCCAGGACUCCUGCCAGCUGGCCGGGCAGGCUGCCUGCCUAGGACUCUACCCAACUCGGAGGCCACAUUGCCCACAUUCAUUCUUCCUUAUUUUGCACCCCCAUAGAAGAAUUCACUCUUCUUUGAACUAUGUCCAUUCUGGGGGCUGCUUCAGGCGAUGGUGAGUGAGGAGGGCAUGGGAGGUUAGCAAAGUCAGUGGAAGACAAAAGCCGAGAUUACCUGUCGGAAAUUGGGACCCUGGGGAUAGAAUCAGAACUCUAUUAGCAUCUGUCAGGGACUCUCAAAUGUGGCAUGGCAAGUCACUUGAUUACACGUAUGUUAUUUAGUUAAAUUUGUGAAAAUUAUGAGAUGCUCACCAACCCGGUGAUAAACAUGCUCUCUUCCUAUUGGCUGGCCUGGUCACAUGGCCGCCCAACUUUAUUCAGUUGACAGCAAGUAGGAGGGCCCAAUGGAAGGAGAAAAAAGACAACACGAGAAAAAUUAGUAUUUUCUACCUUCUGAAAUUAAUGGCCAUGAGUUCGUAUAUGGUGAACUCUAAGUACGUGGACCCCAAGUUUCCUCCGUGCGAGGAAUAUUUGCAGGGUGGCUACCUAGGCGAGCAGGGAGCCGACUACUACGGCAGCGGUGCACAGGGCGCCGACUUCCAGCCCUCGGGGCUCUACCCACGGCCCGACUUCGGCGAGCAACCCUUCGGAGGCGGCGGGCCCGGGCCUGGCUCAGCGCUGCCCGCGCGGGGUCACGGACAGGAGCCGAGCGGCCCGGGAAGUCACUACGGUGCCCCUGGAGAGCCGUGCCCAGCGCCCCCGCCUGCGCCCUUGCCUAGCGCUCGGGCCUGCAGCCAGCCCGCCGGCCCCAAGCAGCCGCCCCCCGGGACAGCACUCAAGCAGCCCGCUGUGGUCUACCCGUGGAUGAAGAAGGUGCACGUGAAUUCGGUGAACCCCAACUACACCGGCGGGGAGCCCAAGCGCUCCCGGACGGCCUACACCAGACAGCAAGUCCUAGAACUGGAAAAGGAAUUUCAUUUUAACAGGUAUCUGACCAGGCGCCGUCGGAUUGAAAUCGCUCACACCUUGUGUCUGUCUGAGCGCCAGAUCAAGAUCUGGUUCCAGAACCGGAGGAUGAAGUGGAAAAAAGACCACAAACUGCCCAAUACCAAGGGCAGGUCUUCUUCCUCAUCUUCCUGCUCCUCUUCAGCUGCCCCGGGCCAGCAUUUGCAGCCAAUGGCCAAGGACCACCAUACGGACCUGACGACCUUAUAGAAGUGGGGACCCUGGGCCCAUCCCUUCUUGCACUCCAGGUUGAGGCGAAGCUGCGGGUGCAGGCGGGGCCUGCUGUCACCUCACUAGGCUCUAAGGUACUGUGGGGGUGGACCUGGGACCUGCAGGCCGCCCUCGGACUAGGUUACCUUCCUGCCCGAGGGCAGCCCCCUCCCUAAAGUGGGGAAGGGUGGGAGGGUGGGCGGGCUUCUUUAAGUAGAUUAUCAUAUGGCAGGAGCUACUGAGAACGUAAACCCUUGGCGAGUCAUUAAACUCCUGAAAAUCUCUGCUGGUGGAUUUUGAAUUUGCAAAUGAAGGUUGGAGGCUUUACCCCAGUGGGAACCGAGAUGGUCUCCUCCACACCACCCCCUUGAGGGAGCUGUGUGGCUUAGUAACUGUGGGGGAGUUGAGGCACUACCCGAUGCUAGGUGCUUUCAGUGCAAGCAGGAGAGGCUGAGUCAGAGACCCAGAACUUCCUGGAUUAUCUAUAGAAUUUCUUCUGUGAUUAAAAAAAAAGAAAUUGUCUGCUCCCAGUGGCCCAUGCCCAAAGAAAUAAAUCCAAGAAGGAAGUGGAAACGGGUUAUUUUAUGUUUAGAUUAUAUUUGCUUAAAUAUUUAUUUGUUCGGGGAAUGGACUGCAGAAAAUAACCGACACCUGCGUGCCAAAAACCUUAGAAUGGUGAAUAAUAGACUUAAGCUUCAGGGGACUGGAUUAGAAAGCUGUGGACUCCUUUCUGGCCCUAUUCGGGAUUUUGAGCUCCUCCCUCCUAAACCACCCACCCUGGAGAUGUGUGGAGGAGGCCCUUAACCCUUCAAGAGGGAAGCUGAGGAGCCAGGAAAAGAGAGUUUUUGAAAAUGUGUUUCUGAAUGUGCUUCUUCUAUAGCACCGUGUUUACAAGCAGUUCCAGGUGGUUGAAAGAAGGGGGUGGGGGAAGAAACAAAUGGUCUAAUAUUUUCUUCUGGGGAAAGAAAACAAAACCUAUAUGCUCUGGGUCAUCAGAUAAUGUCUGAAUUUUCUACUUCAACUAGAUUCUAAAUGCUCCAACUACCCCCCCCCAAAGCAGCAUUUUAUAGGAUUCAGUGUAUGGCCAGUAUGGGGGGGGGUGCUGUACAGUAGGGAGAGAGUGGGUAGGUAAGGAAGUCUUAUUUUUAACUAAUAGACUCUAGAAGCCCACAGAAGUUGAUCUUAAAGGGAUUUCCCUUGAAGUCUUUUUUUUAAGAGACAUUAAUUAGAAGCAGAAAUUGUAAGCUCUGAAAGUUUUCAGGCCCACUUCUAUACCUUGAAGAUAGUAACUUCAAUCUCAAACAAGAAGAUGUUUUAAUAUUUAUUUAUUUUUAUUCCAUGCCAGGGAAAAGCUCAAAUCUCAUUUUCUUAAAAAUGCUAACCCUUAAGGAUAAAGAGGAUAAGGGUCAAAGGUAAUGACAGGGUUUAUAUAGUCAAAUGAAACAAUGCUUUGAAAGCUUGAACCCCAGAACUCCAAUCAGAAACCCCUGGUUGCAGUUACCCCCCCUGACACACACACACAAAAGUAAGAAAUGGAGGAAGGGUGAGCUUAAAUUUUAAUUCUAUGAUUCUUGUUGGCAGUAUUUCUUUCAGAAUUUCAGAACACUUUAGAAAGUUUCAGUGGUCGUUUUUAAACUAGACUUAGGUGGAGAAGGGAAAGGCCUGUUCUUUGGUUCUAUGUCUCCUGAGAGCUGAGGGCAGAUAUUCACUGGAGUCCCUAGGCUGAAAUUCUACUCUCUGAAGUGUCUUCCAAGCCUUGGUCUUUUGUAUUAGACCCUGGGGAAAGCUCUUUGUUCCUCCUUGGGGUGAGCCUGCCUCUCACACUUGCACAUGGCAAUACUUGAAUAUCACCACGUCGGGAUAUUAAAGAUGGAUAUUCCUGCAUUAUUUGUGUCAUUGUUUCUGUGACAAAAAGCACAGAGUUCAUACAUAGUUAAGACGUCUUUUUCUGACGCCCUCACGUUGAGAAGCUGAAAAGGUAUUUUACUGAAGUUCGGCUAAAUUACAGAAUCAGGUUCACCCAGAGGGCAAAUUUUCUGUUCGAUUAGCUGUAUUUCAGCCUGGAGGACUGACCUCUAAACCCUUAACCUUUUGGACUCUAACUACCCUUCUCUUCUCUUCCCCCCCCCCUCCCUGUAGCAUGGAGGCAGUCUUUGGCGAUAGCAUUUGAAAAGAGGCGCUAUCCUUAGGCCAAUUGGAAAAUUGUUACUACUCUUUCCUAAAAGGCAAAUAAAUCUAAGCAUACAUUGGACCAUGUCCUUGGGGCGGGAAGUGUAUAUUUUCACAAUUUUCAACUAUGUAGCUGUUAUGGAGAUGGUUAUACUGAUUUUUCCCUCUCCUCAGAAGUUCUGGGUACUCAUCCAGCUUCAGACCAAAUACUACCCCUCCUUCCUCCUGCCCCAAAGAAAAGUCAAAAGUCAAGAGUGUGCUUUCCUGAAGAAAACCCCAGCUUCUCCUCAAGAAGAGCCCCACUACUUUGGAAACUAACUAGAGCUGAGAGACAACUUCUUUGUUUAUAAAUCUCAGCUCUUCCUCUCAGUUGGGAGGGGUUGUCUUUUGAAAUGCUAAUGGCGUUUGCAUGGCCCGGAGAGCAGUUACUAGUCCUAAAGUCUUAUUCUGGCCCUAGUACCCAUUUGGGCCCAAAGGAGUGGACCAGGAAAGAGGUGGCCCCUGCCCCAACCCUAGUCACCUAGAGCAGGAAGGUCUCCAUCUGGGAAGGUGCUCUAGAGAAAGCAAGCUGUGGAAAGGUUCCAGUGCCCAUUUGUUGUUAUUUAUUUCCAGUUUGUUCUUCCCCAAAUAUGAGCCAGAAGCAUUUGUUUGGGUGUUUUAGGACCUGUGUUGGGGCCCUGCCUGGGGUUGAGGAGUGGGAUGUUUGCUGAGGAAAGGACAGUUCGCCUCUGACUCUCAUCUCACUUGUCCGGUUACAGCCUUUUGUUGUGAGAUGACAUUGCCAGUCAGCAGCCCCUUGGAGUCUGCUCACAAAAGAUGCUUUUUAAAAUAGGACUGACCACGUUUUUGCUGCCACUGAUUAAAGUCUUAUUUAUACUAAUUGUUGCCUGUAGUUUUGAUGUAAUUCAUUGAUCUAUAUUUGAAAUAAUAAAAAGGUGUAGUAAAAUCUC